CGUUGAGAUUGGACUGGCUUCUCCUUCGGGCGGGACUUUGAAUUGUUGCAUAGGCACGCGCAGAGAGGCCGGCCUAUCCAGCCCUGCGGGAGAAGCCUCGCCUCUGAGGGAAGCGGGGGGCCGGCGUUGGUCUCUCUUCCUCUCUCUCUCGGCCCGCCAUGCCGUCCGGCCGCCCCCACUCCCCGCUCUUGCUGGCGCUGCUGGUGAGCUGCGUGGCCUGCCAGGCCCCGCCAGUGCCGGAGGAGGAGGAGGCCUGGGACGGGCAGGACGUGCGGGUGGAGCGGAGCGAGGCGCCCCCUCAGUGCCCGCGCAGCGCCCGCGCAGGAGACUUCGUGCGCUACCACUACCUCGGCGCCUUCCCCGACGGGGCCCAGUUCGACUCCAGCUAUGAUAGAGGCUUCACAUUCAACGUGGUUUUGGGUAAAGGUCAACUUAUUCCUGGAAUGGACAAAGCUCUGAUUGGCAUGUGUGUAAAUGAGAGGCGUUUUGUAAAAAUUCCACCCCAUCUUGGAUAUGGAAGCGAAGGGGUUGCUGGUGUAGUUCCUCCAAAUUCAAUACUUCAUUUUGAUGUUCUUAUGGUUGACAUUUGGAAUUCUGAAGAUCAAGUUCAGAUUCAAACUUACUAUACGCCAGAAAAUUGUACAAGGACAAUCCAGGUGUCUGAUUUUGUAAGGUACCACUACAAUGGGACAUUUCUUGAUGGAACACUAUUUGAUUCAAGUCACAACAGGAUGAGAACAUAUGACACCUAUGUGGGAAUCGGCUGGCUCAUCCCUGGUAUGGACAAAGGUCUCCUUGGAAUGUGUGUAGGAGAAAAGCGCAUAAUCACAGUGCCACCAUUUCUGGCAUACGGAGAAGAUGGAGAUGGCAAAGAAAUCCCUGGACAAGCUUCUCUUGUCUUUGAUGUGGUUCUGCUGGACCUUCACAACCCCAAAGACACUAUCACUGUGGAAAAACAAUAUGUGCCUGAAUCUUGUGAGCGCCAAAGCCAAGUUGGGGACUUCCUAAGAUACCAUUAUAAUGGCACACUGCUGGAUGGCACAUUGUUUGAUUCCAGUUACUCUCGGAACCGAACAUAUGAUACAUACAUUGGGAAAGGUUAUGUGAUUGCUGGGAUGGAUGAAGGCUUGCUUGGUGUAUGCAUUGGAGAGAAGAGGAAAAUAACAAUCCCACCUCAUCUUGGGUAUGGAGAAGAGGGAAGAGGGAACAUUCCAGGAUCUGCUGUGCUGGUCUUUAACAUCCAUAUAAUAGACUUCCACAACCCUUCAGAUUCUGUUGCUAUUACCACCCAUUACAAACCCAGUAACUGCUCAGUUUUGAGCAAAAAUGGUGACUACUUGAAGUAUCACUAUAACGCCUCGCUCCUAGAUGGUACUUUGUUAGACUCAACGGUUAGCCUUGGGAAAACUUAUAAUAUAGUUCUAGGUUCUGGGCAAGUUGUAUUGGGCAUGGAUAUGGGUCUCAGAGAUAUGUGUGUUGGAGAGAAAAGGACAGUUAUUAUUCCUCCCCAUCUUGGUUAUGGAGAAGCUGGAGUUGAAGGAGAAGUCCCUGGUAGUGCCGUAUUAGUUUUUGACAUUGAACUGCACGAUUUGGUAUCAGGAUUACCAGAAGGUUACAUGUUUGUAUGGCAUGAUGAGGUCUCUCCCAAACUCUUUGAAGAAAUAGAUAAGGAUCACAAUGGAGAAGUUCUUCUUGAAGAGUUUACUACCUAUAUCGAUGAACAAGUAAAGUCUGGCAAAGGAAAGCUAGCUCCCGGCUUUGAUUCCGAAACUAUCGUGAAAAAUAUGUUCACCAAUCAGGACCGAAAUGGUGAUGGCAAGAUUACAGCUGAAGAAUUCAGACUGAAAGACCAGGAGCCAAAGGAGCAUGAUGAACUGUAGGGGAGGUUUUUUUUAUGUUUAUAAGUGCCGAACUGCUGCUAGAGUGUAUGCAGCACAGAAGUGGUUUGAAUUUUGUGUUCAUACCUUCAGGCAAGUACACCUGUUUCUAUGUGAACUCCAGGUUAAGUUAAAGUUAUAUAAUGGAAAACCUUUCUUUCAUGGGGUCUGUAUUGUGCAUUAUGAAGUGCCUUCAAAUUGGUUUUAGUGACUUUAGAAGUUUAGAAGUACACAAUUUGAAACAUAGAAUUUCAGGAGAAGGUUGUGGUCCAGGGUACAAGAUCAAUUAAAAAUUAUCUGCAUCUUGCACUGUUGGUACUCUUCAACCACAUGCUUCUGUAUCACAGAUGUGCAUAAUCUAGUGUUUUAAGACAGAUUCCUAGAACCUGCUCAACUAACAAAAAUUAUUUAUUUUUGCUUAGUAAAAAAAAAUCCUGUUUGAGGGAAAUCCCCCUGCUAAUCAUUUUGAAAGUCAAUGCUCAACUUGCAUAUCGCCAGUCUAUAAAAAGUUGUAUUGGUACCAGGGCUUUAUGCUUGUCUUGGUAUUGGCAACAAGUAUAAAAUAUUUUAUAUAAAAUAUUAAAAAGUGCUCAUCCUUUCGAUGAGGGUACAGAAAGUGCUUCAGUCACUUCUGGGUUGUUUUGUGGCCAUCAUGUAUCCCAUGGUCAAAUUGAUCACCUCCCAAUGCUUCUUGGGGCAAUUUGAUCCUUGGGAACAUUUCUGGGAUACCAGAGGUUCCUCCACAAAACCUAAGUCAGUUUCUAUUGAGAAAAAACCCUUCUGUUGAUCUUGAAAAGGUAUAGAGAAGACCAGAAUAAUAGAAAACAUAGAAAAUGUUUUAACACAUCUUAUGUAUCAUUGGGUAUCUGAACAACAAAGUUGUUUUUUCAGGGAAAUUCAGAUCAGUGUAGACCAGGCAGGGACUAACUCGGUCCUCCAAGUUUGCCUUGCCUGAUGUAAACUCAUAUAAUGAAGCCCAAUCUGCAUUGUAAUGGCAGUGUAAAUAGAACCUAACAUGCAUAUGAAACAGGUGGCUAUCCAUCUACUUAUGGAGUAGUAACCAUCAAGUAGGUUGAGAAAUUUAUUAUAAUUGGUCUUCAGGUUAAAUCUCACACCUCACCUGCAUUUUGUGGAUGGGUUAAUCUCUAAAGCAAUGACAAAAAAUUAUGGGAAAGGAACAUGACCUCACUCACAGGGGCACUAAUGAAAAUUGACAGUUUCAUUUCCAGGGUAGUGAGAGUUUCUUUAACUUAGAAUGGUGCUAGCUUUAAACUUGAGACAAGCAUUUAAAAUGUUUUUUUUACAGAAAGUAAAGUUCUGGUUUUUUAAAACAUAUUUUGUAAUACUAAUAUGCCACAAGGAUUUGUCAAAUGUGAUAACAUGCUGGUAUUUUUAUUAAAUAAAAUAUUGACAGAAA